CUUGAGGACCCCAGCCACAGCCAUGGCGGGCCCCAAGAAUUGGUGUCGUUAGCCAGAGAUUUCAUUCCAAGAACCUCACCCUUGACUUCGCCCACUGCUUCCCAACUUCCCCAUUUCGAUUUUCUCCUCUCCCAUCUCUUUACAGCUCCCCUAUUUGGUCCUCCCCUUCAAUUUUCACAGCCCUUCUUCACUUCUUUAUCAACAUUUGUCCAUCUUCUAACCAUAUUUCAUAACGUACAACUUGAUUGCCCGUUCGUUAAUCUUGGUCAUUAGCUGAUCUGACCGAUUGACUUUCAGCUGCCGUGUGAAGACUCUCAAAGGAUUGCUGGGUCGUCUCCAAUCCCUCCACAGCUUUCUACGUUAUUUGGGCAUUUUUCUUUCUACCUGGGUUUCUUCCAUAAUUCCCAAAAUCUUCGGAUUCAUGGUUCCUGAAGUCUUAUGGAGAGCGUAAAAGAUCUGUAGCCGAAGAGUCAAUGUUUUGGUCAUUUUGGGAGGCAUGAGAUUUUUUUGCUCAUUUUGUAAUGGUGACGAGAGGGAUGAACCAACAAACACAAAAUCAACACCAGUUAUGUCCACCAAUUCCAUAAGCACUGAGGUUGAAGUUGGGAGAUCUGGUUCUGACAUUAAUUCGCAAAAUGUUUCAAACAGUAGCUCAGAAUCCUCGAGGAGAAAUUACAUACUCAGCAUGUCUGAAAGAGCUAGCAACCUCAGAGUUUUCACUGUGUCUGAUCUCAGAUCCGCUACUAAAAAUUUCAGCCGAACUUUUUUGGUCGGAGAAGGUGGGUUUGGAUGCGUUUAUAAAGGGUUAAUCAAGAGUGCAGAGGAUCCAUCGACAAAAAUUGAAGUUGCUGUCAAACAGCUCAGUAAAAGGGGAUUACAGGGUCACAAGGAAUGGGUGACAGAAGUGAAUUUUCUUGGAGUUGUUGAACAUCCAAACCUUGUUAAAUUGGUUGGAUACUGUGCCGAGGAUGACGAAAGAGGAAUACAGCGUCUACUGGUUUACGAAUUUUUGCCUCAUGGAAGUGUGGAGGACCACUUAUCAAAUCGAGCAGAGACGCCUCUUUCAUGGGCCAUGAGAUUGAGAAUAGCCCAGGAUGCUGCUCGUGGACUAACGUACCUACAUGAAGAAUUGGAUGUUCAGAUAAUCUUCCGGGAUUUCAAAUCUUCGAACAUCCUUCUGGAUGAGCAAUGGAAUGCAAAGCUGUCAGACUUUGGACUCGCGAGGUUAGGACCCCCAGAAGGGUUUACUCAUGUCUCGACAGCGGUUGUUGGAACGAUGGGAUAUGCAGCUCCUGAAUAUGUCCAGACUGGACGUCUCACAUCCAAGACCGAUGUGUGGAGUUACGGGGUCUUCCUUUAUGAACUUAUAACUGGUAGGCACCCCAUAGACCGAAACCGUCCCAAGAGUGAGCAGAAGCUUUUAGAGUGGGUAAAGCCAUACCUAACAGACAUAAAGAAGUUCCAGCUGAUACUGGAUCCAAGGCUGAAGGGUAAAUCACACCUCAGAUCUGCAUAUAAGUUGUCGAAUGUAGCAAACCGCUGCCUCGUUCGAAAUCCAAAGAAUCGUCCGAAGAUGAGUGAGAUUUUGGAAAUGGUCAGCCAGAUUGCAGAGGCGUGGACAGAAACGGGGAACUCUCAAACACCCUUGGAAAGUUUUACAUCGUCGAGAACGCCCAAGGCUGCGGAAUCAUGGAAUGAUGGUAAAACCAUGGAUUCUCAACAUAGAGAAAACAGUUGGUUUUCGUGUUUACGUGCGACGAAGCUUGUGAGGACAUGCUGAUUGAAGUAACGGUAAACAAGCUCGGCCAAUCGAUUUCGGGUGCCAGGUAACUCAGAUGAUACAUGAAAUGGAUGUUAAUCCCAUAGCAUAUGCUUCUCUGUUGUGCAAAUAAAUGUAGCUAAAAGCAGCUGCUUUUCCAUGCACUAAAUCCAUUAAAAAAAUCUGUGUUUUUUUUUUCUUCUUGUUUUAACAAGUUACUAAGUCUGUUAGCAGUGAAGGGGUUGUAUUUUAUGGUUUUAGGCUUUUAGCCCAAGAUAGUCAGCCUGCUUUUUCAAGGCAUAUGAGAUUCAAAGGCUGACUCAUCGUAAACAAUCAUAUUCAUAUAACAUUUCAAUAUACAAUUUUUACAAUAUUUGAGAA